AAAUUAUAAUAAUUGUUGCAUUCACUAUCGCACAGAUUCUAUCAUAGGUAAAAACCACUUGUUGGGUAUAAAUUGAAACAGUUGGAGCACAGUUGUAUCUUGUGAAGAGUUUCAACAAUAACGAUUCAACAUGAAAGUCCUACUGUUCUUCAUGCUCUGCGUAGUGCUUGUGUACGCAAAAUCCGCGUCUCUUUGCCCAGAGACCACUGAUGGCGGUGUUACGAUGAUACCCCAUGAAUUCUGCAACCAAUUCUACGUCUGCUCCAGUGGACACAGGUUUGAAAUGACCUGUCCCGCUGGUCUUUGGUUUGACACUGAGCGUCAACAAUGCAACUUCCCCCAUAUGGCAAACUGUGAGGGCAGAAUCGUACCCUAGGCGCUGGUGACGGAGAUCAGAAUCGGGUGUAAAAAUAUGCAAAAGUAACAUACCUUUAUUACAAUGUAUGCAUAUUUUUUGUUCAAAGAAACGAAGAAUUCCUGGCUUGUUCAUAAUUAAUAAAUCGUUAUGCAAUAUUA